AGACAGUCCACAAAGGAUUUAAUUGCCAGCAAACACAAACAGUCGAUGUUGUCUUCAAUUGCCAGCAAGCAAGGCAGUGGAGGGGGGGUACAAAAGACGAAAAGGUCCGAAUGGGGUGGGAAUGGGGUGGAAUGACAGGACCGUAAGAGCUUGUGGAGUGGGGUUCCGCUUGGAACCUUUGAUCCUGUUGAAUUGCGAGCAAGCAGGACAGAUCCAGAAACGCACCCUGGAGUGCAGAAAUGAACGAGGCGGUGAAGAUGCUGCUGCAGACAUUGUGACGACCGAGGAGCAGCGACGUGUGAUGAUGGCAGAGCUGGAAAAUGGACGGAGAGAGGAACAGGCCCAACAGGAGCGAGCGUGGGAGAGAGAGCGGGAAGCGGAAAGGGAGCGAGAGAGGGAAAGAGAACGCGAGAGAGAACGAGAAAGAGAAAGAGAUCAAAGGGAUCGGUACAGGACUCAGGACCGGAAUCAGGACCGGAAUCAGGACCGGAAUCAGGACAGGAAUCAGGACAGGAAUCAGGACAGGAAUCAGGACAGGAAUCAGGACAGGGACAGAAACGACAGGGAGCGAGAUAGAGAUCGAGAUAAGGAUGGAAGGGAUCGCGACAGAACGGAUAAACAUGUAGAGCGAGAGAGGGAAAAGGAGCUUGAAGCAAUCAAAGACCAGGCAAGUGCAUGCCUCUAUCAGAAUCCUCACGAAGCUCAGCUGCUAUUUGGGAGAGGACUCAGGGCAGGGAUUGACCGAAGAGAGCAGAAGAAGCUGGCAGCAAAGAAUGAGAAAGAUCUUCGGGCUGCUAGAAGAGCGGUCACUGGCGAGGAGGAAACGAAGGAGGAGAUGGAGGCGCAGAAGCAGAAGGAGCAAGCGGCAAACACUUACGAUCCAUUUGACAUGCGCGUUGAUCGGCAUUGGUCUGAAAAGAAGUUGGAGGAGAUGUCGGAACGCGAUUGGCGUAUCUUCCGUGAAGACUAUAACAUAUCAUACAAGGGAUCGCGAAUACCACGCCCCAUGCGGAAUUGGGAGGAGUCUGGGCUUCCCAAGGAAUUACUGAAAGCUGUGUCGAAAGCCGGUUACAAGAAGCCGUCACCAAUCCAGAUGGCGGCUAUUCCACUGGGAAUUCAGCAGCGGGAUGUGAUCGGAAUCGCAGAAACAGGCUCGGGUAAGACAGCUGCUUUUGUUCUCCCCAUGCUGUCGUACAUCAUGAAGCUAGAUCCAAUGACGGAAGAGAAUGAGGCGGAAGGGCCAUAUGCAGUAGUGAUGGCGCCGACACGUGAGCUGGCGCAACAGAUUGAAGAGGAGACUGUCAAGUUUGCCCAGUAUUUGGACUUCCGGGUUGUGUCGAUUGUUGGUGGCCAGUCGAUCGACAAGCAGGGCUUCAGCCUUCGACAGGGAUGUGAAAUUGUGAUCGCAACACCAGGUCGGUUACUAGACUGCUUAGAACGAAGGUACGCAGUGCUCAACCAAUGUAAUUAUGUGGUGCUGGACGAGGCCGACAGGAUGAUUGAUAUGGGCUUCGAGCCACAGGUUAUGGGUGUUUUAGAUGCAAUGCCUUCAAGCAAUCUCAAGCCGGAGAACGAGGAGGAGGAGUUAGAAGAGAACAAGAUUUAUAGAACCACAUACAUGUUCAGACUCGUGCGCAUUCUGGAUGAAAUGGGGGAGAAGACGGCGAUCGUCUUCGUUAAUCAGAAGAAGGCAGCAGACUCAUUGGCCAAACAUCUUGACAAGCUGGGCUAUAAAACCACGACGCUUCAUGGAGGCAAGACACAGGAGCAGCGUGAGAUAAGCUUGGAUGGAUUUAGGCAGAAGCGGUUCAACAUCCUCGUGGCGACUGAUGUGGCUGGCCGUGGCAUUGACAUUCCGGACGUUGCCCAUGUUAUCAACUAUGAUAUGCCGAGCAACAUCGAGCAGUAUACGCACAGAAUCGGACGAACGGGCCGUGCGGGGAAGACCGGUACAGCGACAACUUUCUUAACUCUCCAUGACAGUGAUGUCUUUUAUGAUCUUAAGCAGAUGCUAAUCCAAAGCGGAAGCCCAGUUCCUGCAGAGCUUGCAAGGCAUGAAGCGUCCAAGUUUAAGCCAGGUUCUAUACCCGAUCGUCCGCGUCGGAAGGAUGACAAAGUGUUCUCGUUCUGAUGAGCACAGCUGGGCACAGUUUUUUCAAACUCGUUUAACAAUGUUUUUUUUUUUUUUUUUGAGUAUUUUGAAAUUCUUCACCGGAUCUCCGGUGGCACGAUCGGGGACCCAGGGGGGAUCCUGACAUCAUUUCCUGGCAGGGCAAGAUGUCCGCCGUCGUCAGCGAGUGUGCAUUGGACCUCUUGCGGCUGAGCUGUCCCCUUCCGGUCCUUGCAUCAGGCAUUGGCCCUAGUUCUCUAGUUCAAGACACACAGCGUGCCUUAUGUUUCUAGAGAUGUCACGUGCCUUAUGUUUCUAGAGACAUCAUUCCGUGGCGAGCAAGAUGUCCGCCGUCGUCAGCGAGUGUGUAUUGAUUGGACGGGUUGCGGGCGAGCAGUCCCCUCCCGGUCCUUGCAUCAGGCAUUGGACCUAAUUAACUAGUCCAAGACACACAGCGUGCCUUAUGUUUCUAGAGACGUCAUUCCGUGGCGAGCAAGGUGUCUGCAGUGGACAGUGAGUGCGUAGUGAUUGGACCGGUCGCGGCCGAGCGGUCCCCUCCCAGUCCUUGCAUUGGACAUUCGAACUCCGCCUACCAAAUU